GAAUACAGUCACCGGUGAGUCAUUCAAAUGACGAUGACGGAUAGAAAUUUUCCAAGCGAACUAUUAAAACUCAAGGGAAGACAGCCGCUACCACAGAACCAUCAAAAUCACAUCAACAAUAUGACUGACACAAGUCCUCGAUCAUUCAAAAAGGAAACAUCGCAAAAGUCGGAAAACAAUACAGGACCCUUCAUUGUAUUAGGCCUGAUAUUUUUAACAUCCUUAGUGGCACUAGCCUUUGUUUACUGGAGUUUUCCCAAGCUGAGACCUGAAGACAAGGCAAGGAUAAAACUUCCAAGGGACAUGGAAGAUGCAAAAGGAUUAGGAAGAGCAUUGUCCAAUUACACAGAUGAAUAUUUCACUCAAGUUCUUCUAGGCUUUGUUGUAAUUUAUAUUUUCUUGCAAACAUUUGCUAUACCAGGAUCAAUAUUUCUCAGUAUUUUAUCAGGAUUUUUAUUCCCUUUUCCUUUAGCUCUAUUUUUUGUUUGUCUGUGUUCCAGUGUAGGUGCAUCAUUCUGUUAUUUAUUGUUUUACCUGGUUGGUCGAAGGCUGGUAAAACAUUAUAUGCCAGAGAGAGUAGAUCAGUGGUGUGAACAGGUUAACCAUCAUCGAGACAACCUCCUAAGCUACAUUAUAUUCUUGCGCAUCACUCCUUUUCUUCCCAAUUGGUUCAUCAACAUUUCUUCUCCAGUGAUAGGUGUCCCCCUUUUGCCAUUUUUUGUCGGCACUUUUGUAGGUGUUGCUCCACCAUCUUUUGGUUUUAUCAGUGCAGGAGUUGAACUGUAUGUUUUAACAACCACAGGGGAUGUAAUGUCAUUCAAGUCCAUCAUGAUUGUGGUUGUGUCUGCUCUUCUGUCAUUAGCUCCAGUGAUAUUCAAAAGACAACUUAGGGCAAAGAUAGAAUAAAAUAAAUAAUUUUUGUAAUAGCUUAUUUUAAUUGAUUUUGCUCAAUAAUUAGUUAAAUGUGUAUGGGAGAGAAAGCAUGUAUUCAUUGAGAUGAGAAAAAAUUUUCUCAUACAAUUUUUGUAAAUAGUAGUAAUGUAGGGGUUUCAUUGAAAGUUGGUUACUGGCGGUCCACAGCCACCUUUUAACCCUUUAACUCUAGUGAGUGACCAAGACAGAAUUUCUCCUUACUCUAUCUAUACAAUAUCAUGCAGGCAAGUGAUGAGGAUAAAGAAAAAUAUCCGUUAUGGGAUUACUAAUUGAUCUGAUAGCAAAUUCUCCAAACUAACAUAAAGAGAAUCAUUUGGCAGAUAGUAAGGAGAAUUACCAGUGAGAUCUUGGGAGUUAAGGGGUUAAGACGUCUUGCCACUGUCUGUUUAGCCUGCAGGCAGGUUCACUUGCUAAGGUUUUGCCUUAUAGUCACUUUUCUGGGCACAACUGCCUAUUACACCUGAGGCAGCCACUUAAGGAAAAAGUUACUGGUGGUAGCAAUGAGUCAUAUUUAGCAAGACCAUACUCGUUCCUUGGCCAUUUCAGUAUAGCCAAACUAUUUGAUGUCAUGUGAUCUAAGUAAAAAAUUCAGAGCAAGACUUUGACUUAGGGUGCUAUAACAAAAGACCAUUUUGGAGUUCAGAAGCCUCACUUUUCUAGGGAGAAGUGUAAAGACUUUCUGGUGAAAGUAAAUCUGAGUACAAAAUAUAAAUCCACAUCAAAAUAAAACGUUUUUGUCCUCACUCUCAUUUUGAGCAAAGCGUUUGUGCAUCUCACAAUGGUUAUUACUAUUGACUCUAAUGGUCUGGUUGUAAGCUAUUCAAAACUCCAGUAUGUAUGGUAAAGAUACUGAAAAAUCUAAAUGUUCUGGGGUUUGGAGAAUGUUGUUGUAGUUGCUGUUGAUUUUUCUUUUUUUGACCAAAAAAUGCCUCUAGGGUUCUAGAAGAAAUUCUGAGUAAUUUAGGCUUUUUGUUUGCUUUUGGUAAAGAUGCUGUUUGUUUGCCAAGAUUAUGAUUAUUUAAUAUGCAUUUAAGUUUUCAGGAUUUUAUCAGCUGCUUGUAAUAUCUGUACAAGAGGGACCUAAUUUAUUGCUAAAAAAUUCUAUUAUUAUGGAACAAUAAAUUUUGAAUUGAAAAUACUGCCACUGUUAUCAUACUGUGGUGUUCUUAUCAUUUGACUUCUUGAAUGUGAUGUUUCAGAGGAAUAGAGUUAUUGAGACCUGUGAUCAUAGUAGUCAUGAGAAUAAAUUCCUUUCUCAUUUUAUUUAUUUACUGGAUAAUCUCAAGCUCAAAUGUACUUUAAAGUCUAAUGCUGUUAUGAACAUCAAUGUUAAGGUUAUUAAACAUGUUUAUUAUCAUCUGAAUAUAAUACAAUGUUUGGUUAGAUAUUAUUUAUUAAUGAUGGGAUUUUUUUCCUUUUUCCCACACUUCCUGUUUUGUUAUUUAGACAGCUGUACUGUCAUACAAUCAUUCUGUUUUAUUACCCUUUGACCCCAAAGAGUGACCAGCGACUAAUUUCUCCUUACAUUAUAACCCCUGAAUCAGCACGAACCAAAGAAGCUCUUGAUUGUUAAAAA